GACUAAAAAGAUAAUAAAAGUUGUGUGGUGGUGGUAUUUGCCAUGUGAGUGAGAUAAAAAAGAAGCAAAGAGUGAAGUGAAGUGAAGAUGCCUUGUCUCACCCUUUCAACAAACGUUAGCUUUGAUGGUGUAGAUAUAUCUUCCAUACUCUCUCAACUCAACUCUACAAUUGCCAACAUCUUGGGUUACCCCAAAUCUUAUGUGACGGUUUCAUUAGAAGGAUCAAUACCAAUAUGUUUUGGUGAAACUGAGGAGCCAGCAGCAUAUGGUGAAUUUGUGGCUAUUGGUAUUCUCAAUCCAGAUUUGAACAAGAAACUAAGUGCUGAAAUUGCCUUAGUUCUUCACACCAUGUUGUUGGUGCCUAAGUCACGUUUCUACUUAAAAUUCUAUGACAUUGAGGGCUAUAAUUGUGGACUGAAUGGGGGUCUCAUGGUGGUUGAAACCAAAUGAUUCGGACAAACUUGUGGACAGAUUGACUCGCUAAAUUGAGUGCUUUACUUUUUCAUGAGUUCAUGAUCAUGGUGGUUGAUCUUUUCCGAGUGUUUGGGAGAAAUUUUGGAAACCUAAAGAGCAAUUUCCAACUUAUUUUAUUCAUGUGAAACUUUUGCUUUUUGUCCACAAGCACUGCUCUGUUCAGUUCUUCAUAAUUUGAUCCAUAUUGUGAGAGGAAACUUCAGUUGCUUGUAUUUACACUCUCAUUUUUCUAAUACAAAAAUUUAUUU